UGACUCGAGUUGUUUACAUUUUUUUCGUAAACAAAAGUAUCCUUUUUUCAGUGUUUCUAUUGUGUUAUAUUUAAUAAUACUCUAACAUUAUAUUCUUUAGUAGUGUAGGCUCCAGCUGGUGUCAAUGGAUUUAUGAACAAAAUAAGAAAUCAAGGACUUAUAACGCCCAAGAAGAAAGUGGUUUAUAAGAAAGUGACUUUCAACAAUGGCGGGCAUAACAGAAGAGACGGCUCUCAUACAAUGUGGACCGUGUCUGUAUGAUGGCAACGCAGUGGAGCCCAGGUAUUGCUGUGUGGACUGUCUGGAAUACCUUUGUACCGAGUGCAUACGAGAUCACCGGAGAAAUAAGUUAUUACGUGAACAUAAACUACUCGAACAGGAUGAAAUUCCUCAUAAUACUGAAUUAUUUAAAGAAAUGAACAAAUUAUCGUAUUUCAACAAACACCCAGAUGCUGAAGUUGACCAAUACUGCCCAAGUCAUGAUGUUUUAAUUUGCUCGUAUUGUUUACAAAAGGACCACAAACUAUGUGCAGGUCUUUGUAAUACGUCAUGUGAUCUAGAUGAGGAAUCCAGGCGUAAAAAAGUGGAACAAAAUAUCCAUGAUCUUUGAAGAAAGUGUGAAGCAAAUAACACUGAAAUGAUGAAAACAUUAGAAGAAGCCCAGAAUGAUAUCAAUAAAGUGCAAACAUACAUAAAUAAUAUUAUUCAUAUAUUAAAACACAACAGGUCGAAAAUGAAACUCAGCGUUUAAGACUCUCCGAUCAAAAAAUGUCAACAGAAAGUUUCAUGUUACACAGAUUUGCACGCAAUAACGCGUGUCCCAAGUAUGGGACAUCAAAGCAGAGAAUUGCCCUUGACUUCAAAGUGUCAACCUUACUGAAGGAACUCGAGACAGAUAGCUCCGCGAAGUCCGUAAAGGAUAAACAAAUACAAUUUAUACAACCGACACAGGUAGAAGAUGUUAUAACCAUGUUACAUCAAUUCGAUGUAGUGCGCACACGCAAAGACAUUCAAACAUCCGAAUUGAGCAGCGAUGAAGCAUCGCUGUAUGAGGAUGCAGUGGAAUGUAUUGAACCGAAUACAGAAGAGGAAGCCAAACACGAGGUAGAAACAUUGGCAACAUGCAAAAUGGUUCCACAAGAGGAAGAAACAUUGGCAACAUGCGAAAUGGUUCCAGUCAAAAAUUUGCUUAGUUUGCAGGUGAUUUGUGAUCGAAUAAGUUUGAUAAAGUUGAAAAGUCUUAAUGCUGGCGAGACUGAGAGACUGGCGUGUUCGAGACAUGUGUAGUAGCAGUUGACAUUUUAUCUGAUGGUAGAACAAUAUUGUUGCUCGGAGAAAAUACAUUGCAAUUACAUUCUCAAAAAUUAUCAUUGACAUCAAAAUACAAUUUGCAGCACAAAGUUAAAGACAUGUGUCUUGUAGAAGAAAACAGAAACGGAGCUUUUCAAGUAGCUGUAUGUUUUUAUCAGUCAUGUAAAAUAAUAUGUUUAGAACAUGUAAGCGAAUUUCUCGAAAAACAUGAGAUAAAUUGCAGCCACACUGUUGUCAAUAUAUCAAUGUAUGUCCAUCAUUUGGUAGCCCUUGUCGAACGGAAGAGUUCGAAAUCAUCAUAUGAAAUUCAGCUGCUGGAUAUUCCGACGGGUUGUGUGUGUUACGUCUUUGACGAAUUCAAGCUCUCCUCGGCACAAUUUUCCUAUAUGCCCGAUGUGUCAAUAUGUAAACCCAACAGAAUAUCUACAUGUAAAACGACAAUGAAAGUUAUUGUCGCUGGUGAGGAACAUUUACCUUUUUAACAUUAAUGACGGCGAAUGUGAGCCUAACACGUCGUAUGCAGUAGGGCAAUGUGAAGGGAAAUACCAAACAGAUGUAGACGAAUCCUUUAUAAAAAAUUAUACUGACAAUGUUAAAUGUGUCAAAUGCGAUAGACAGGGAAAUAUGAAUGUUUCAGCAUACUAUGGCUUGUAUCAGUUAUAUAACUUUAAUGCAAACAAGUGUUCUGUGCGUAGUAUUAUUCCAAAUUGCAGAACAGUUGCUUCCUUUGCUAUAGAUGAAAUCAGGAACCGCAUAAUAGUAGGUUACAUGGGUGCAGAUCGUGUGCACGUAUUCGAGUACAUUAUUCCCUCAGACACAUGAGAUUUCUGCAAAUAUAUUUCUCAUCAAAAGUUAAAAUAUGAGCUACAUUUGUCAAACUUUCGUCAUAUGAAUAACCAGUGAAAAAUGCACAAGUCGUUCGUCGUUGGAUGAUACAUUACGACGCAUAUUGUUUUAAUGAAGGAAAACUGAUUUUACUUUUGUUUUUAAAUGCAGAAAAUCACGCGAUAUCUGUUUUUUUAUACAUAAACAUAAAAAUACAUAAAAGCGCCAAGUUCUAAAAUUAAAGUAUGAAUGUUUAAACCGAACCGAUCAUUAAUAUUGAUAUGCUGCAAGAAUAGGAAAUCAAUGAUUCAAUUAUUUGCGAUGUGGAUUUAUUUGCUACAAAGAAACGAGAGCUUUCAAAACGUUUAAACGAUUGAAAAGAGAUCUUAAAUACACAUUAAUUUUUAUUUUACAUCCACAGAUGCUAAUUGAUAAAAGUAACGGUUGUAGUUGCUUGUUUUUUUGAUAGGGUGGAAAUACUCUUUAGGUGGAAAUACUCGUUAAAAUGUUCAUAUAUUCGUAUGCUUUUAUUUUUUUAUGCAAUACUUUUAACCAUUAUAUUCAUGGUCAGAGAACGCUAAUGUAUAUCUCGCUAAUUAUAUGUAACAUAACCACAGUAUUUUAUCGUAUAUACUGCACGUUUUUGUCAAUAAAAAUUUCUUUAUUUCAGUCAAAUUGAAUGUUCUUUUUGCUAUUUCUCAAGAGACAUUUCCGGUUCAGAAUAAUUAUUUAUGUAUGAAUAAUCAUUAUGUUUUUUAUGUGUGACUGAGUAUUCGUAAUAGUAUUACUUAUCAUUAGCCUGAAUGUAGUUAACCAGUAGUAGCGUCUUACAAAACGAUCUCCGGUAAUGUUUUAAUGUUUUAUAAAUUGGUGUGUUGUAUGCCUUGUUCUUUUUUUAAAGGAAACUUGUCACUUGUCCUGAAUGAAAUUCUUGCGAUUGUAAGCAAUAAUUAAUUUACGUAUAAUGUUUCUGUGAAGAAAAUCCGGAUUUGAAAAUGCCUUAAAAUAAAUUAGCAAACACGUCGCAUGAUUUUAGUAUAAGUUUAUUAAAAUAUGUCGACCAGUUUCGCUCAGCUCAUAAGGUCACAGGACAACCAUUAGUCUUUUACGUUAAAAUAGUCAAAGUUAAAAUGUCUGACUUUUGCAAAAAAGAUGUAACUCAUCUUUUAGUAUGUAGUGGUUGUAAAUUGGACAGACACGUGAUAAACUUCGAAAUCGACGCACAGUUCAUAAGCAAACAAAUACGGAACCCCUUAUCAAGACGAUUUGUAUAUAUAAGCAUAUUAUAUAUAUGCCAUAAAUGGCACUUUUUUUAUUCCGGACUGUAUAAAUCACGAAUAUAUUCAAUUGAUAUUCAAGCUGAUACGUUUUUUAAGUAUACACUAUUUUACAUUUAUAUUUUCUACUAGUAAGCUUCACAUCAUUUCACGUCGAUCUCCAUGUUCUAUAUUAGAAAGAUAAAAGAGAAUUACAUUUACAGGGACCUUUUCACAGAUUUGGGCAUGUAUUGAAGUUUGUUUUUAAAUGCUUUAAAGUGAUGAAUGUAAAAAUUGGAAAUAAACAGCUCCAGUAAAAAUAACAAGAAUUCAAUUAAUGAAAGAACAAAGUAAUUUUAAACUGAGCUCGAACCACUGACCCUUGGAAUAAAAGUCAAGCACUUAAACCACUCGGCCAUCUGUACUCUUAUAAUGUGAUAUAUGUGAUAUUUGAUACUUUAUAUAAGCAAUCCUCGUUAUGUCACAAACUACGAUAACAGCAGAACUCUCAAAAUUACGCAAUCGUUUGCGCUUGUAACGCCUUAUAAUUUUCAUGUUUUUAAAUCGUCAAAAGAUGCAUAUUAUGGAUUUGUUAGAUCAUGGUUAAUGUUCAGUGCCGGUAUAUCAAAUGCGGCAUCAUAAACACGGGGAAAAAGGACAUACUAGAUUACGAACAAAAUACUUGAAUGUUUUGAACUAUGGGUGAAAGAAAACAAAAAAAAAAUGUGCAAGAAGAUUAAUUUGAAUCUCGUAAAUAAUAAAGGUUACGAUACAAUCAAACGUUUCAUAUGCUACUACCGAUACGUACGCAUUCUUCGUUCAAUGUUGAUAAUGUAAUAAGAGACCUGUAGAAAAUAAAUGUUUCGUUAUUGAAAAAGAACAGCACCUUUUAUAGAUUAAGGUAUUGAUAUUUGCUAUGAGCGUUAUCGCAAAUUCUGUAUACCCGAUUUCAGGAAGUAAUUUUCAGUAACGUCUGGGCGACAGUACUUAAGAGAUAACAAUCCUACUUGUACCUGAUUGGUAGAGACUCAGCGGAUCAUUAUCGUGUCUGUGUUUAUAUUCAAACCAGUGUACUCGUUAUGCACGUUAGCAUGCGAUACUUGAAAAAUUUGAUUUUAGUUGAUAAAGAAAAAACAAACAAACAGACUAAGCUUAUGCUAACAAUAGGUUAUACCCAAACUUAGUUACUUAACAUGAGUUACACACACAACAAAUCUAGACCACGCGGAUAGUAAACAAUUAAUUUUGCAAGCAUUUGUAAGAAAAGUUUAUGUCGUGUUAUUGUUAAGAAUACUUUUACAUUUCACAAUGGCGGGCAUGAAAGAGGAGACGGCUCUCAUAAAAUGUGGACCAUGUCUGUUUGAGAGCAAAACAGUGGAGCCAAGGUAUUUCUGUGUGGACUGUCUGGAAUACCUGUGUACUGAGUGCAUACGAGAUCACCGGAGAAAUAAGUCAUCACGUGAACAUAAAAUACUUGAAGAGGAACAAUUUCCCAUGGAUGUUAAACUAUUUGAAGAAAUGACGAAAUUAUCGGAUUGCACAAAACACACAGGUAUUAAAAUAGACCAAUACUGUCCAACUCAUGAUGUUUUAAUUUGCAGGUAUUGUUUGCAAAACGACCAUAGACUCUGCGAAGGUCUUUCUGACAUUUCAUGUGUGCUAGAAGAUGUAUCCAGACGUAAAAAUGUGGAACAACAUAUGCAUGAUCUUCGAAGUAAAUGCAAAGCAAUUACCACUGAAAUGAUGCAGACAUUAGAAGAAGCUCAGAAUGAUAUCAAUAAAGUACAGAAAGACAUAAAUGAUUUUUUUCAUAUCUUAAAAUAUAACAUUGAUAUUUUAGAAAAGACAUUGAAUGAAAGGGUCGAAAAUGAAACUCAGCGUUUAAGACUCUCUGAGCAAAGAAUGUCAAAUCUUGAAAAGAAAGCGUCAUAUUACACAAAUUUGCACACUAUUACGUCUAAGUAUGGGACAUCAAGACAGGGCAUUGCCCUAAAUUUCAAAGUGUCAACGUUACUAAAGGAACUCGAGACGAAUGACUUCGUGAAAUCCUUAAGGGAUAAGCAAAUUCAAUUUAUACAACCAACAAAGGUAGAAGAUGUGAUACUCAUGUUACAGCAAUUUGACGUAGUGUUCAAACGCACGGCCAAUCAAGACUCGGAAUUAUGCAGUGAUGAAGCAUCUCUGUAUGAGGAUGCAGUGGAAUUUAUUGAACCAACGAUAGGAGAUGACGCAAAACAAAUGGUAGAAAACUUGUCUACAUGUGAAAAAGAACCAAGCAAAAAUAUGCGUCAUUUGCAGAUUAUGGAUGAUCGAAUAAGAUUGUUAAAAGUUUGAAGAUCAGAAGACUGAAGAAGUUAAGACCUGUGUGGUUGCAGUAGAAAUUUUAUCUGAUGGUGGAAUUAUAUUGUUGCAACAAAAAAAUACUUUACAAUUAUAUUCGCAAAAGCUAUCAUUAACAUCCGAAGUCCAGUUACCACACAAAGGAAGAGAUAUGUGCGUUGUAGAACAAAAUAGGAAAGGAGGUUUUAAAAUAGCUGUAUGCUUUGAUCAGUCAUGUAAAAUAGUAUUCUUAGAAUAUGUAAGUGAGUUUCGCGAACAACAUCAUAUAAAUUGCAGUCACCGUGUUGAAAGCAUAUCAAUGUAUGUCCGUCAUUUGGUAGCCCUUGUCGAAAGGACGAGUUCAAAAUCAUCCUAUGCAAUUCAGCUGCUGGAUAUUUGGACGGGUCACGUGUGUUACGCCUUUGACGAGUUCAAGCUCUCAUCGAGCAGAUACAAUUCCUAUGGGUCUAUUGUGAACAUAUUCAGACCCAAGAGAAUAUCAACAUGUAAAACGACCAUGAGAGUAAUUGUAGCUGAUACGAAUACAGUUUACCGUUUUAACAUCAAAGAUGGCGAAUGUGAGCUUUACACAGUGUAUGCAGUAGGGCAAUGUGACUGGCACUACAAAAUAAACCAAAACGACUUUUCGGAACUUCAGAAUGCAUACGAUGUUAAAUGUGAUAGUCAGGGAAAUAUGUAUGCUAUCACACACAAUGGCUUGUAUCAGUUAUAUGACAUGAUUUCGUAUAGAAACAGCUGUUCUUUGCAAACGCUUAUAAGGCAUUGCGGACUCGUUGCAUCUAUGGCCAUAGAUGAAAUCAGGAACCGCAUAAUAGUAGGUUACGAAAAUGCAGAUCGUGUGCACGUUUUUGAUUACACGUUUUCCCCACACACAUGAGCUUUCUGGAAUAAUUUGCUAUAAUCAAAUAGUCAGACUUUUAACCACAUCAUUCAUACUAUCGUUACAUGCAUUAUCACUUAAAAAUGCAGUUGACAUUACUCAUUUGACUAUUUUGUGGAAAGCACAGAGCGCUUAAGUAAACUUUAAAACUUAACUGUUGUUUUCAUAUGCAGCAAAUCCUUUGUUAUUGUUUUUAAUUUACAUACAAGCGACAGGUACUCAUAUUUAAGAUAUCAAAUGUUUACACCGGACUGAUAACAUGAUACGAUUAUAAGGGAAUUACGUCAUUAAAAUAUUUGCGAUAUCGUAUUUUUACCAUAAAGAAACGAGGGUUUUCAAAACGGUUUAUAUUGUUAAAUGAAUGGAUUUUGGUAAUAAUAUAAAGGUUUUGCAUGCUUGCUUUCGAUUGUUAAGUUUUCUUUAAAAAAAUUGAUUGCAAUUUAAAUUCACAAAUUCUAAUUGAUAAGACUUACGCUAUAAGUUGCUUCUUGUUUUUGUGGGGGUGAAAUCGUGAAAAUCUAAAUAGCUUCGUUUGCUUUUAAUUUUGAAUGCACUACUUUAACCUUUAUAUUCAUACACCGCAAACGCUAAGGUGCAUCUCGUAUUUUUUUCUAAAUUGCAUUUAACCUAACCACAUUAUUUUAUCGUAUAUACUGCUCGUAAUCUUCAAUACAAAUUUCUUUAUUUCAGUCAAUGAAUUUUUGCUUUGCUUACGAGAUAUUUCUAAUACAGUACACGUAUUUAUGUAUCAAUUUUAUGCUGUGUUGAUUUUAGUGACUUUGCUUUUGCAAUAGUAUUUCAUCUAAUUCGUUUUAAGGUUCACCAGUUAGAGCGUUUUACAUACUGAUUUGUGUUAAGGAAUGUGUAACUUGCAUCGACUUGGUGUGUUGUACUUUAUUUUACAGGCGACUGGUCAGUCGUCUUAAAUAUAAAAAAUUAUGUUGUUGUUAACAAUUACAUAUCUACUGAUAAUGUUUUCGGAGUUGCGUUUAUCUUGUAUAUGUGCAAAGUGAAGAAAGCCGGAAUAGAACAUUUCUAUACAAUAAAUAAGCAAACACGUUGCAUGGGUUUAGCAUAAAUAUAUUACAACAUACCGGCCAGUUGCGCUCAGAGCAUAAUGGCAUAGGACAUAACUGUUGAUUUUAGCUAAAAUAUUUAAAGUAAAAAAAGAAUGACAUGUGAUGUUAAAAAUAUAAUUUAUGUUUAAGUAUGUGGUGGUUGCCAGCAAUAUUAUAUUAAACGAACGCGUUAUAAACUUCGAACUCAACAGAGAUAUCAUGAACAACAUAUUCUGGACUACUCAACAAGACCAAUAUAACAUAAAAGCAUCAUAUUUGUAUUCAAUAAGUAUAACUCUUUAAUUCCGGAAUGUACGUAUAAUGUGUAUAUUAAAUUGAUAUUUACGCGGUACUAUACGUAGUAUAUUCUACAAUGUUUCCGUAUUUAUUUUCUACAAUAAAGCUUCACAUUACAUGUUGAA